AUUGCGGGGCUUACUGCUGAUGUUAGACUGUUAUGUAAUUUUCUGCGUCAGGAGUGUUUGGAUUUCAGAUUUGUCUUCGAUAGACCACUGCCUGUGUCUCAUCUUGUAUCUCUAAUUGGAAGCAAGACGCAGAUACAAACACAACGAUAUGGCCGGAGACCAUAUGGUGUUGGGCUGCUUAUUGCCGGUUAUGAUGAUAUGGGCCCUCACGUUUUCCAAACCUGUCCAUCUGCUAACUAUUUUGACUGCAGAGCCAUGUCCAUUGGAGCCCGUUCCCAGUCAGCUCGUACUUACUUGGAGAGAUAUAUGUCUGAAUUUAUGGAGUGCAAUUUAAAUGAACUAGUUAAACAUGGUCUGUGUGCCUUAAGAGCGACACUUCCUGCAGAACAGGACCUAACUACAAAGAAUGUUUCCGAUGGAAUUACUGGUAAAGACUUGGAGUUUACAAUCUAUGAUGAUGAUGAUGUGCCUCCAUUCCUCAAAGGUCUUGAAGAAAGGCCACAGAGAAAGGUACAGCCUGCUCAACCUGCUGAUGAACCUGCAGAAAAGACUGAUGAACCAAUGGAACAUUAAGUGAUAAGCCAGUCUAUCUAUGUAUUAUCAAAUAUGUAAGAAUACAGGCACCACAUACUGACGAAAAUAAUCUAUACUUGGAACCAAAAGUUCAGAGUGCUGGAAUGCUAUGUUUUAAGAAUCAGUCCAGAUAUGAGUUUUUUCCAAGCAACCUCACUGAAACCUAUAUAAUGGAAUACAUUUUUCUUUGAGAGGGUCUGUAUAAUCAUUUUCUAGAAAGUAUGGGUAUCUAUACUAAUGUUUUUAUAUGAAGAAAAUAGGUGUCUUUGUGGCUUUAAAGACAACUGUGAAAUAAAAUUGUUUCACCGCCUGGU